CCACCCCCUCCUCUCUGCAGGCUGAGCAGUGGAAGUAGUAGAACAGACUGAGCUGUACCAGCGAGAGGGCUCCUCUGUCUCCAGGCUUCUGAAGGCGGUUUUUGGUCGCCGUCACUGACGAGAUGUCCACCUCCAGCUACUGGAUGUCCGAGAACGGCAGCCCCACCGACAAGGACAACGUCUUCAUGGAGCGCGUGAGAACCUACAGUCCUAUCACCAAGACGGUGCAAGUCCUGGACAGUCCAACACUGAUGUCCCCUUCCUCGCCGGCCUCUGGAUAUCAAUCGAUGGUUUGGGCCCCGGAGCCACAGAUUAUUGGGCAGGAAGUUCAGUCUCCCGGGCCGUACACACAAGGGACCAUCAGAAGAUACAUCGUCCAGAACAAUGAGCAGGAAGUUCAGUCUCAGGCACCGUACACCCAGGAAACGGUCAGAAGAUACAUCGUCCAGAACAAUGAGCAGGAAGUUCAGUCUCCCUCCCCGUACACCCAGGAAACGGUCAGAAGAUACAUCGUCCAGAACAAUGAGCAGGAAGUUCAGUCUCCCUCACCGUACACCCAGGAAACCGUCAGAAGAUACAUCGUCCAGAACAAUGAGCAGGAAGUUCAGUCUCAGGCACCGUACACCCAGGAAACGGUCAGAAGAUACAUCGUCCAGAACAAUGAGCAGGAAGUUCAGUCUCCCUCACCGUACACCCAGGAAACUGUCAGAAGAUACAUCGUCCAGAACAAUGAGCAGGAGGUUCAGUCUCCUGGGCCGUACUCGCAGGAAACCAUCAGAAGAUACAUCGUCCAGAAUCCGGAGCAGGAGAUUCAGAGCGGGACCACCAGACGCUACAUCGUCCAAAAUCCGGAACAGGAUGUUCAGAAGACCGAGACGGUUCGGAGGUACAUUGUGCAGAAUCCUGACCAGUCCUACAUGAAGGGGGUCAACUACAUGCCGUCAAAAAGCGUCAUCUACGAGAAGACCUACACCAUGCUGGACAAUGCGCCGACGGACAGACAGGUGCAGGUAGUCCGGGGGAGCAACGUGUCCUCCUCCAUCAACGAGCAAGUGAUCGAGCAGAAUACUCAGAGCAAGGUCCAGUCCAUCCAAUCUGUCCAAUCUACAGAGAAUGUGGUGUCGGAGAACUAUCAGCAGAAAGUGUGUUUGCAGAAUGUACAGAACACGGAGCAGGUGAAGAGGAGGAACAGCUCGGUGUCGGGGCCGGAGCAGCUGGACGCUCGUUACUUCGGGGAGCUGCUGGCUGAGCUGAGUCGUAAGAACAAUGACCUGUAUGGCUUCCUCAUGCAGCACGUGGAGAAGAUUGGAGCCAGGAGACCUUCGGAUUCCGAGCAACAGGAAGACAUCGAAUCGCUGAUCCCAAAAGGCGUCUCUGAACUCACCAAGCAGCAAAUCCGCUACCUUCUGCAGAUGAGGCAGACCUCCGAUAAAUCGAUGAAACUUGUUCUGACGACCUUCAGCAGCCUGCGGGAGGAACUGGGACACUUGCAGGACGAUCUGAAUAAAUUAGAAACGGCCAAAAAAUCUCUGGAGAAAGAUCUGACCUUCAAAGACGACCAGAUCAGAGAAUACGAGACCAUCCUGGCCUCCCUGAGAGAGAAGAACCGCCAGCAGCAGCAAGAACUGAAGGAGAGUCAGAUGAAGCUGCGCAGCGUGGAGGAGACCAUCACAUCCCUGCGCAACGCCGACAGCGACAAAGACUACCGACUGAAGGAGCUGGAGUACGCCAAGAACGCCAUGCAGCAGGAGAACAAGAAUCUGCGGGUUCAGGUCUCCGAAACCGUCUCCAACCCCAUGCUGCAGGCCAAGACUGACGAGAUCACCCGGCAUUACAAGGAGAUGAUCGACAGCCUCCGAGCGGAGAAGGACAAGGAGAUCCGCACCCUGAGGACUCAGGUCACCAAGUUCCAGCACGACGUGACGGUGAAGCAAGGCAGCAGCAGCGACCUGCAGAUGAAGCUCCUGGAGCUGACGUCCUCGCUGGAGGAGAGAGACUCGCUCAUUAAGAGGCAGCAGGAGGAACUUCUCCGGUUGCGCACGCAGAGAGAGUCGAAGACCGUCACCCAGGACGUCAUCACAAGGAAAUACAGCACCCAGUACCCCAUCCUGAGGCUCCUGAAUGACUACAAAGAGACCCCGGGCAUGUCGACAUCGCAGACUUUCGUCCUAAAAUCCAACAGCUGGAAAUCG